CGAGGCCUCAUAGCCGGCUUUAAGGAACAACCUGUAACCCGCCGUGUAGCUCUCUGGAUACGCCGACCUCGGCACCAUGCUUCCCGGGGAAACACUAUUGUUUCGGUUGGUGAUCUGCGUUGUGUUAGCUGCCGACACCGCUGCUAGGUUCGAAGGGCAAGAUUACCUUGACAACAGGGACCACGGCAACCAAGUUGUUGGUAAACCAAUCGAUAACAGAAGGGAGGAACAGCUCAAUGGCCAUGUUUGGCUAACGUACAAGGUGAGGGAGGAGUUGGAUGGGCUCCAUUUGCCGAAGGGUGUAGGAGAACUGGCUGUUAAUUCGCCGAACGUCGGAAGACUAACUCUGGUCCAGCCCAGGGCAGGAGUUGUACUAAGACCUCCGGUAGAACUCCAUGAGAAGAGACAACAACCCUGGAUGGUUCGACAAAAACAGACGGGCAGUGGCGGCCAUUUUGUCCAACAAUCAGUGGAAAAGCAUGAGCGAACCCCAGAACCUACACCAUCAGGGAAGUGGGAAUCUCAGUCCAUGGCACCAGCAAAUGUAGGCAAGGCGCUGGUCAAAUUCCGGCCGAGAGAACCACUGUCGGCUCAAAGUGUGGUCGUGCACUGUGGUGAGAAGGAGGUCGCCAUAGAGGUCAAACGGAACUUUCUGGGCAGCGGCCAGAGGGUCACGCCCUCCGACCUGAAGCUGGGCGGCUGCGCUGCGGACGACGACGGGGGAGAGACCGUGCUGUUCCGCUCGGAGUUACCCGACUGCGGGAGCACUACGAUGAUGACGGAGGAUUCCCUCAUCUACACCUUCACCUUGGUCUACGUGCCGACGGCCAUCGGCACCACCUCAAUCAUAAAGACCAACGCCGCUCAGGUGAAGAUUCAGUGCCAUUAUCCAAGAAAGCAGUUGGUGAGCAGCGACGGCGUGAGGCCCGACUGGAAGCAACACGCCUCCAUCAUGCUGGCAGAGCAGACGCUGCGCUUUUCCCUGCGUCUGAUGACCGAGGACUGGCGGCAGGAGAGGCCGUCCUCCAGCUUCCUGCUGGCCGAGGUGAUGUACGUCGAGGCCUCGGUCCAGCGGGGCCUGCACGUCCCUCUGAGGCUCUACGUGGACCGCUGCGUGGCCAGCCUGGAGCCCAGCAUCAACGCCCAGCACAGCUACGCCUUCAUCACCAACCAUGGGUGUUUAACCGACGCUAAAGUGUCGGGAGGGCGAUCGUUCUUCAAGGACCGAAGCCACGAGGACAAGCUCCAGUUCCAGAUGCAGACCUCAAGGUUUCCCCAGGAUCCCAGAGCCAAGAUGUUCAUCACAUGUUCCCUGAAGGCCGUCAUUCUCCCCAUGGCAACCGAUGCAGAACACAAAGCCUGCUCGUAUCUGCCCGAAGCCAAAAGGUGGGUGGCCUCAGGUGGGGACAACCAUGUGUGCAGCUGCUGCGAGGCCACCUGCAGCACACAGAGGAGGAGUCGGCGAAGCAGCCCGUCUUCAGAUGAAGAGUGGGCGUGGGCAGGGGAGUCUACCCUAGGCCCCAUCCUGGUGCAGGCAACAGCCCCAGAGAGGCUGGUGGGACUGCCGGACCUUUCCGGAGAGUUUUCCUCUUCGUUGGUGCCUCAGGGUUUUGAGCCCACACUGGAAGAACCGGCCGUGUCAACCCUGGUGCUUUGCGGCUUGGCCUUGCUCCAGGUCGUCGUGGUGACAGCCGUCAUCGUUUACAGAAGGACGCAGAAAUCCAACUGACGCGGAAAGCCAACGGACACUCUUUGUACACUUUGUGAUGAGACUAUUAAAUUGAUUCAGUGGCGA